AUGCAACAGCGAGUGAGUGAAUGUGAUCCUUCGUUGGAACAAAACGAUGAUGAUCUUGGGACUGUGUUCUUGGAGUGGCUAAAGAACAACAAGGAGACUGUUUCUGCUGAUGAUUUGAGGAAAGUGAAGAUAAAGAAAGCUACUAUUGAAUCAGCGGCCACUAGGUUAGGCGGUGGGAAAGAAGCUAUGAAGCAGCUUUUAAAGCUGAUUCUUGAAUGGGUCAAAACUAAUCAUCUACAAAGAAGACAUACCACCAACAAUAAUCAACAAGAUCCUUUUCAAAGUCCUAACCCUAACAACAACACCAACAUUAUCCCACCACCGUCUGAUCAAACCUGUUUCUCACCAUCUACAUGGGUUCCUCCACCACAUCCAGGUUGCGGAUACAUGCCUGCUCCGACUUAUCCGCCUCAGGAGUAUCUUCCUUUACUAGAAUCUCCACCGUCAUGGCCACCACCACCACCACCACCAGAAUCUGGUCCCGUGCCACAUCAGCAGUUCACCAUGCCAAACUCUCAGUUUAGUCCAUGUCAAGAAACCGGAGGAUACAAUAUGAAUCCAUAUCAAUAUCCUUAUGCUCCUUCUGGUCAAAUGAGAGAUCAGAGACUGCUCCGUUCGUGUUCCUCAACUACUAAAGAGGCUAGAAAAAAACGUAUGGCGAGACAGAGGAGGUUCUUGUCUCACCACCAUAGACACAACAACAACAACAACAAUAAUCCGAGCCAGGCUCAACUUGGAGAAAGCUGUGCCACGGUGGCUCCACAACUUAACCCCGUGACUACUACAACAGCUACAGGAGGGACAUGGAUGUAUUGGCCUAAUGUCCCUGCCGUACCACCGCCUGGAUCAGCUCAGUUUCCAACCAUUGACCAGGCUGGCUCUACUUCUGUUAUGCCACGUCAGCCGGUACUGCAAGAUCGCCGGCAGGGAUGGAAACCAGAAAAGAACUUGCGGUUUCUAUUGCAGAAAGUCUUGAAGCAAAGCGACGUUGGUAACCUUGGAAGAAUCGUCUUGCCAAAAAAAGAAGCUGAGACGCACUCGCCGGAGCUAGAGGCACGAGACGGCAUCUCUCUGGCUAUGGAAGACAUUGGAACCUCUCGUGUUUGGAACAUGCGCUAUAGGUUUUGGCCUAACAACAAAAGCAGGAUGUAUCUUCUCGAGAACACCGGCGAUUUUGUCAAAGCAAAUGGGCUUCAUCAAGAAGGUGAUUUCAUAGUCAUAUACUCCGAUGUCAAGUGUGGGAAAUAUCUCAUACGAGGGGUUAAAGUCAGACAACAGGCGGAACAGAAACCAGAGGCUACGCCGUCUUCAGCAGCUGUCCCGAAGAGACAAGGCAAGUCGCAGAGGAGCGUUAGCAACAACUCACCACCGGCAAAUAUGGUCGCUUCACCAACUUCUCUAGCAGUUAAAUGA